UACCAAACGAAAGAAAAAGCAUUCCUGCGGCGUUGUCGAAUUUUUCCCGUUGGCUUGAACGUGUCGUGUGCGCGCUAGUUUCGAACGCAAUUUUUUCAAACAAAAGGUGAUUUCAGAAAAACUCCCAUCAAAAUGGACUGCGGAACAUCUCUGGCCAAAUACAUACUCUUCAUAUUCAAUACCAUUGUGUCGGUUAUCGGCAUUCUGAGUAUUGUUUAUGGCGUGCUGAUCCUCAGGAGCAUUGGCACCAUUGAGGUGAAUGGACAGGUGGGCUUCCCCCCGCAGGCCCUCAUGCCGAUCGUGCUGAUUGGCCUCGGGUCGAUUGUCGUGUUCAUCUCGUUCCUGGGCUGCUGUGGAGCGAUACGUGAGUCGGUGUGCAUGACCAUGAGCUAUGCCGUCUUCCUGUUGAUCCUGCUGAUCCUGCAGCUGACCAUUGUGGUGCUGCUGUACACCAACAAGGACAAAUUUAACGAUGCCAUGGGCAAUGUAAUUGACCAGGCCUGGGAGUCGCGUGAGGCCCGUGAGGGAGGUGUCUUUGAUGCCAUCCAGAAAUCGUUGAAAUGCUGCGGUCGUGUUUCUUCGGCCGAUUAUCUGAUCAAUCUGCAGACGCUUCCCGAAAGCUGCUGCGAGGGAAGCUGCCUGAACCCUGCUAACAUUUAUGGAGGAUGCCGUGGCAAGUUCGUCGACUUUAUGUCUGUCAGCACUGACACCGCCAAAUAUGUUGCCAUCGGACUGAUUGGAGUUGAGCUGGUUGGCUUCAUCUUCGCCUGCUGCUUGGCCAACAAUGUGCGCAACUACAAGCGUCGGAAUGCAUACUAAGGCAUUGUGCAUUGCAGACGCACAUAACACUUACACACACACACACACACACAUUCUCAUUAAUUCUUUAUCGUCGUUGAACGCACACUCACACACAACAAACUUGAAAACUGAAGCAAAGUAGAAGGGGAAAAAACACUUUAAAGUAAACCAUUUGGUUGAUAAUAAUUAAAUUAUUUGUCAAAAAAAAAAAAAAA